GGCCGGUUGUGUGAGUGACCUCUUGUAACCAUGACGACCCACGUGACUCUGGAGGAUGCUCUGUCUAACGUGGAUCUGUUGGAGGAGCUGCCCCUCCCUGACCAGCAGCCCUGCAUCGAACCUCCGCCUUCAUCCAUCAUGUACCAGGCUAACUUCGAUACCAACUUUGAGGACAGGAAUGCGUUUGUGACGGGGAUAGCUCGCUACAUCGAGCAGGCAACUGUCCACUCUAGCAUGAAUGAGAUGCUGGAGGAGGGCCAUGAGUAUGCUGUCAUGCUCUACACCUGGAGAAGCUGCUCAAGAGCUAUACCACAGGUGAAGUGUAAUGAGCAGCCCAACAGGGUGGAGAUCUAUGAGAAGACUGUGGAGGUGCUGGAACCAGAGGUCACCAAGCUCAUGAAGUUCAUGUACUUUCAGCGUAAGGCCAUCGAGCGUUUCUGCGGGGAGGUGAAGCGUCUCUGCCACGCUGAGCGGAGGAAGGACUUCGUCUCUGAAGCCUACCUCCUCACCCUGGGCAAGUUCAUCAACAUGUUCGCUGUGCUCGACGAACUCAAGAACAUGAAGUGCAGCGUCAAGAACGACCACUCUGCCUAUAAAAGGGCAGCUCAGUUCCUGAGGAAGAUGGCUGACCCUCAGUCCAUCCAGGAGUCACAGAACCUCUCUAUGUUUCUAGCCAAUCACAACAGGAUUACUCAGUGUCUGCAGCAGCAGUUGGAGGUGAUUCCUGGCUAUGAGGAGUUGUUAGCAGACAUUGUCAACAUCAGUGUUGAUUACUAUGAGAACAAAAUGUACCUGACACCCAGCGAGAAACACAUGCUGCUCAAGGUGAUGGGUUUUGGUCUCUAUCUGAUGGACGGUAACGUCAGUAACAUCUACAAACUAGACGCCAAGAAGAGGAUCAACCUGGGAAAGAUCGACAAGUUCUUCAAGCUGCAGGUGGUGCCUCUGUUUGGAGAUAUGCAGAUAGAACUAUCACGUUACAUAGAGACCAGCGCCCACUACGAGGAGAACAAGUCCAAGUGGACGUGUACCCAGAGCUCCAUCUCUCCCCAGUACAACCUGUGUGAGCAGAUGGUUCAGAUUCGUGAUGACCACAUCCGGUUCAUCUCUGAGCUGGCUCGCUACAGUAACAGUGAGGUAGUGACCGGGUCAGGCCUGGACAGUCACAAGUCAGACGAGGAGUACAGGGAACUGUUUGACCUGGCACUCAGAGGGUUACAGCUGCUGUCCAAGUGGAGCACACACGUCAUGGAAGUGUACUCGUGGAAGCUGGUCCACCCAACAGAUAAGUUCUGUAACAAGGACUGUCCUGGCACAGCGGAGGAGUAUGAGAGAGCUACACGUUACAACUACACCUCAGAGGAGAAGUUUGCCCUGGUCGAGGUCAUCGCCAUGAUCAAGGGACUGCAGGUGUUGAUGGGUCGUAUGGAGAGCGUAUUCAACCAGGCCAUAAGGAACACCAUCUAUGCAGCCCUGCAGGACUUUGCCCAGAUGACCCUCAGAGAGCCUCUACGUCAGGCCGUACGCAAGAAGAAGAACGUUCUCAUCAGUGUCCUGCAGGCGAUCCGUAAGACCAUCUGUGACUGGGAGGGGGCUCGGGAGCCUCCCAAUGACCCUUGUCUCAGGGGGGAGAAGGACCCCAAGGGAGGGUUUGACAUCAAGGUGCCCCGCAGAGCUGUGGGACCCUCGAGCACACAGCUGUACAUGGUUCGUACCAUGCUGGAGUCGUUGAUAGCUGAUAAGAGUGGUUCUAAGAAGACUCUACGCAGCAGUCUGGAUGGACCCAUAGUACUGGCUAUAGAAGACUUCCACAAACACUCCUUCUUCUUCACACACCUGCUCAACUUCAGCGAGGCGCUGCAGCACUGCUGUGACCUGUCUCAGCUGUGGUUCAGAGAGUUCUUCCUGGAGCUGACCAUGGGGCGCAGGAUCCAGUUCCCCAUCGAGAUGUCCAUGCCCUGGAUCCUCACAGACCACAUACUGGAGACCAAGGAGCCAUCCAUGAUGGAGUAUGUGUUGUACCCUCUGGACCUCUACAAUGACAGUGGCUACUACGCUCUGACCAAGUUCAAGAAACAGUUCCUCUACGAUGAGAUAGAGGCUGAGGUGAACCUGUGCUUCGAUCAGUUUGUCUACAAGCUGGCUGAUCAGAUAUUUGCCUACUACAAAGCCAUGUCUGGAAGUGUCCUCCUGGACAAGCGUUUCAGGGCAGAGUGUAAAAACUAUGGUGUGAUCAUCCCCUAUCCCCCCUCCAACCGUUAUGAGACCCUGCUCAAACAGAGACACGUACAGGUAGGUCUGUCGUACACCACCCUGGGUGACCACAUGUCCGUGAUUAUUUGGGACAGUCCCGCUUCUUGUCCCGCGUCCAAGAAAUCAUUGCAGGGCACUAUCCUGCAGUAUGUGAAGACUCUGAUCGAGGUGAUGCCUAAGAUCUGUCGCCUGCCGCGCCACGAGUACGGAUCCCCAGGUAUCCUGGAGUUCUUCCACCACCAGCUGAAGGACAUUAUAGAGUACGCAGAGCUGAAGACAGAUGUCUUCCAGAGUCUCAGAGAGGUGGGGAACGCCAUCCUCUUCUGUCUGCUCAUCGAACAAGCUCUGUCCCAGGAGGAGGUGUGUGACCUGCUUCAUGCAGCCCCCUUCCAGAACAUCCUCCCCAGGGUCUACAUCAAAGAGGGGGAGCGUCUGGAAGUCAGGAUGAAGAGGCUGGAGGCUAAGUAUGCUCCACUCCAUCUGGUGCCCCUCAUCGAGAGGCUGGGGACCCCUCAGCAAAUAGCUAUAGCCCGUGAGGGGGAUCUGUUGACCAAGGAGCGUCUUUGCUGUGGCCUGUCCAUGUUCGAGGUGAUCCUUACAAGGAUCCGUAGUUUCCUGCAGGACGCCGUGUGGCGAGGCCCGCCUCCCACCAAUGGCGUGAUGCAUGUGGACGAGUGUAUGGAAUUCCACCGCCUAUGGAGCGCCAUGCAGUUUGUUUACUGCAUACCCGUCGGCACUCACGAGUUCACCGCAGAGCAGUGUUUUGGUGACGGGCUGAACUGGGCAGGCUGUUCCAUCAUCGUGCUGUUGGGUCAGCAGCGCCGCUUCGACCUGUUUGACUUCUGCUACCACCUGCUCAAGGUGCAGAGGCAGGACAGCAAGGAUGAGAUCAUCAAGAACGUGCCACUGAAGAAGAUGGCUGACCGCAUCAGGAAGUACCAGAUCCUGAACAAUGAGAUCUUUGCCAUCCUCAACAAGUACAUGAAGGCUGUGGAGACCGAUAGUUCCACUGUGGAGCAUGUCCGCUGCUUCCAGCCACCUAUACACCAGUCCCUGGCCACAACAUGCUGAGAAGAACUCACACAUGCUACAAACACACGCUACAUACAUGUCCCACAAACUACACAUACACACACACCAACCCAAAUCAUCACCACACAGUCUGCCUCUCUUUGGCCUUGUACUCAGACUCUCAGAGCCUUAAGAUUCCAGAGGUCUGUCUGACUGUACACCAUUUUGGCACCAAAUAUUCCAUACAAAUGACAUUCCAAUUUGCAUUCCAGAAUGCAACUGUCUUGGAACUUUUCGUGUCAACAUGGCGACCGUUAAAAGGUAUAAAUCUCGAACUGAGUUUUCUGAAGUCUGAAUAUUUUAGGCCCAUAACCACAGUCUAGUUUUAGAGGUGUGGGUGUUUUCAGAUGUUAGUUUUUCUGUUCCCAACCCAUGUGACUCUCACACCCAGACUCAGCAUCCCUUGUCCUGUCACUAGAGCUAUAUGUCACAUGGAUGGGCUCAGUAAUACACAACUGCCAAUCCUGAGUGGUUACAGAUCUGCAGUAAUGCCCUGCUUCCCCUCUAGUCACAAUGAACAGUCUAUCAGAUACCUCUGAGAAACCAUUUAGUGAGCAUCAACAAUCAACCUACAUAAAAAAUGAUAGAUAUGCUGGAAUAAUCUCCAAAACCUCAAUGCAUACAAAUAAUCUGAUUCUGAAAUGACCUAUAACCUGAGAUUAUUAUUUCGUAGAUGACGUACGAAAGCAAACCCAACCUCCAUUUUAUUGAAUUGCUUCAUGAUGUCCACACGGGUGCUAAGUAUUAUAAUGAUACUUAAUUAGACCAAAGUCAUCAGUGGCAUUUCCCCCCAUAACAUCCAUAAUAUGAUCAUCACACAAGUCAAGCUGUCCAUUCAUUCAUCCCAGAGGCUAACAUGUGUGUGUGUCCCAAAUGGCACCCUAUUCCCUAUAUAGUGCACUACUUUUGACAAGCUCCUAUAAGGAAUAGGGUGCCAUUUGAAUGUAGCCCCACAUCUCCCUGGACAUACCCAUGCUUAGUAAACCAGUGUCAUAGGAGUAGUUAGCCACACCUCUUCUCUCCUCACACAACCCUACUGUUUCAAAUAGCAUAACAAGGACACUUGACUGCAUAACAAGGACACUUGACUGCAUAACAAGGACACUUGACUGCAUAACAAGGACACUUGACUGCAUAACAAGGACACUUGACUGCAUAACAAGGACACUUGACUGCAUACCAAGGACACUUGACUGCAUACCAAGGACACUUGACUGCAUAACAAGGACACAUGACUGCUUUUCUUAGUUGCUUAAUUUAUUUUUCACUUAUUUGGGGGGUUUUAGCCUCUGAGUAUAAUUUUUAUUCAGUUCCAUUCUCCGUUGGAAAUGUCACUGUUGAACUAAAAAGAGAAGUGUUGACUGUUGUAAAUGUUAUUGUUUUUAAUUCAUUAUUGAUAAUUACAUUUUUCAUCCUUGGUAUAACUUUCCUCUUCUACUGAGGAGAAUCCUAAUCCUCACCUACUUUUAGAUUUCUCUCUGUCUUGUCAGUUUAUUGAACAUUUUCAUAUUCUGUAUGUGUGCUUAAUACAGUGAUAUUGUUUACCAUUUUUGAAAUGAUUGACAACAUCUUCAUCUGCACGUGUGUUUUUUUGUUUUGUUUUUCCGGAGUAAAAAAAAACGUUAGAAAUAAUUCUUGGUUGUCAAAUAACAAAAGAGACCAGGAUGACUUUACUGUAUUAGAUAGAUUUGUUCAGAGAGUGAAUGGAAGAUGUUGGUAGUAUCACACGACCAAUCCAACUCCUGUACAGUUCAUUCCCUCUAUAGAAGAAGAAUUAAAGCAAUCAAUAAGUUGCAUUUUCACUGUUUAGGUACGAAUUACACAGAAGAGCUGGAGAGAGGGCGAUUUCCUAAAUAUAUUCAAUAUUCCAUAUUGUUGGAUUUUUUUUCUUUAGCAGUGUUAUCAGUCCUUUGACCCUGUUUUUUAUUCUUAUGAAGGAAAGUUAAUCGUUACACCCAUGAAGGAGCGACCAUAUUUUCAGUUUUUCUUUAGCAGUGUUAUCAGUCCUUUGACCCUGUUUUUUAUUCUUAUGAAGGAAAGUUAAUCGUUACACCCAUGAAGGAGCGACCAUAUUUUCAGUUUUUCUUUAGCAGUGUUAUCAGUCCUUUGACCCUGUUUUUUAUUCUUAUGAAGGAAAGUUAAUCGUUACACCCAUGAAGGAGCGACCAUAUUUUCAGUUUUUCUUUAGCAGUGUUAUCAGUCCUUUGACCCUGUUUUUUAUUCUUAUGAAGGAAAGUUAAUCGUUACACCCAUGAAGGAGCGACCAUAUUUUCAGUUUUUCUUUAGCAGUGUUAUCAGUCCUUUGACCCUGUUUUUUAUUCUUAUGAAGGAAAGUUAAUCGUUACACCCAUGAAGGAGCGACCAUAUUUUCAGUUUUUCUUUAGCAGUGUUAUCAGUCCUUUGACCCUGUUUUUUAUUCUUAUGAAGGAAAGUUAAUCGUUACACCCAUGAAGGAGCGACCAUAUUUUCAGUUUUUCUUUAGUAGUGUUAUCAGUCCUUUGACCCUGUUUUUUAUUCUUAUGAAGGAAAGUUAAUCGUUACACCCAUGAAGGAGCGACCAUAUUUUCAAUUUUUCUUUAGCAGUGUUAUCAGUCCUUUGACCCUGUUUUUUAUUCUUAUGAAGGAAAGUUAAUCGUUACACCCAUGAAGGAGCGACCAUAUUUUCAGUUUUUCUUUAGCAGUGUUAUCAGUCCUUUGACCCUGUUUUUUAUUCUUAUGAAGGAAAGUUAAUCGUUACACCCAUGAAGGAGCGACCAUAUUUUCAGUUUUUCUUUAGCAGUGUUAUCAGUCCUUUGACCCUGUUUUUUAUUCUUAUGAAGGAAAGUUAAUCGUUACACCCAUGAAGGAGCGACCAUAUUUUCAGUUUUUCUUUAGCAGUGUUAUCAGUCCUUUGACCCUGUUUUUUAUUCUUAUGAAGGAAAGUUAAUCGUUACACCCAUGAAGGAACGACCAUAUUUUCAGUUUGAAUAAAAAAAACGAAAUGAA